AUGCCAAGCACAUAUGAAUACCACGAGCCAACGGUGCCGCUCAACUCGGCACCGCCUCCGGGGUACCGCCUCGUCCCCAAGGGCAACCCCUACAUGACGCUGAACUGCCGGAAGCAAACCCACCUCGCGGGGCAGACCGUCUACAAUGUCGUGGAAAAGCCCGGCGGUAAGCACAUGGGCAUCCGCGUGCCCCAGACAGUAUACAACGCCGUCGCGGCCUCGUUCGCCGCCACCAAGUCGGACCGCGCGGACGCGGUGCGCAGACGGGACGGGAAGCUCGAGGCUACGUACCUCGAGACCGUGCUCGCUGCCUUCCCGAAGGCGCCGCGCAGAGAGGUCGAUGCCGUGGUGAGCCGCGCGAUGAAGAAGCACAGCGGCCGUGUGGGCCGGACUGGGCAACUGAGCGCACAGGAGAAGGCUGUGCUUGGCGUGCUGGCUCACAUACGGCAUGUGCACAGUCCGUAUGAGAAGCUGUUGAAGCAAGGCGUGCCGAGGCUGGAUGCCAGACGGCAAUCCGAGAAGGAGAUCGCCAAGAAAGCCGCGGAAUGGGGAUAUACUCGACAGCUACGGGGAAGUGGUGCUAGCCGGCGCAAAGGUGCUUCGCAAAAAGCAAAGAUGAGAAAACCUGCAAGGAUUCCGGCAGCGAAUCCCAAAUGCCGGGAAACGAAAGAGGAAGCGAAAUGGAGCACAGAACAAUACGAAGACCCUGGCCGUGCGCACAAAAACGGACACCGACUCAGUAGUGGCGGCGUCGCCUGA